AUGACCUCCCGGCCCUCCGCGGGCAAUCAACCCGGCAUCUGCCCGACCGACAGCGACAACCACCUCCCAAUCCACCUAGAGGAGAAGCCAGAGACUGGGCGCAAAAUACCUAAGCAGAGUUGGGAAUACGUGGUACGGAGUGGGACAGCCGGAGGAGUGGCAGCAUGCGCAGCAAAGACGGUAGUCGCACCGUUGGAUCGAGUCAAGAUCCUUUUCCAGGCCAAUAACCCACAGUUUCAGAAGUACACAGGCUCGUGGACUGGUGCAAUAGCUGCUAUCAGAGACAUUUAUCGCACAAACGGAGCCAGAGGACUGUUCCGAGGUCACAGUGCUACACUCCUUAGAAUUUUCCCAUAUGGCGGAAUCAAGUUCUUGGCCUACGAACAGGUGCGCGCGGUGGUGAUACCCAACAGGCAGUCGGAGACACAUGUGCGGCGGUUUGCAGCAGGAUCGAUUGCAGGAAUCAUCUCUGUCUUUUGCACAUAUCCUUUGGAAGUGAUCCGCGUACGACUAGCCUGGGAAACCAAGUCGGACAAGAGGAUGAGCGUGCGGGAUAUCUGUCGUAUAAUAUACAACGAGCAUCCGCCGGCUCCAGAAGUAGGGCUUGGGAAGUCAUCACUGCCCAAGUCCGCUGUCGCGACGGUCGAGGCAACCCAAGCCGCAGUCCGGACAAUCACGCCCCAGCAUGGAAUGGCUAACUUCUACCGUGGCUUCACGCCGACAUUGUGGGGCAUGAUCCCCUACGCUGGCGCUUCUUUCCUCACUCACGAUGCAGCGGGCGACUUCAUGCGGAUACCUCUUCUUGCGCCGUAUACAAUCUUACCCAUGUCAGAACGGUCACAGAAGCAGCUUGCGCCUAACAAGCCCCCUCCCUUACGAGCAUGGGCCGAACUCGCCACGGGUGCAGUAGCCGGCUUUGUCAGUCAAACAGUCAGCUACCCACUUGAAGUCAUCCGACGACGGAUGCAAGUCGGCGGCGUUGUCGGCGACGGUCGCAGACUGACCAUGGUGGAAGUCGCAAAACAGAUCGCACAAGAGAAGGGAUGGCGAGGUUUCUUUGUCGGACUGGGCAUCGGAUAUGUCAAGGUGGUGCCCAUGGUGGCCACGAGCUUUUUUGUUUACGAGCGGAUGAAGGUGGGCUUUGGAAUCUAA